CGACUGGGCGAGCUAACACUAAGGUUUGGUUUAGAAUUGGUUCCCAUCGUUUUUGAUCCAGGUCAGGUCUUGUCAAGACUGUACCAAUACACGACUUUGUUGUUGGAGCAUUUGCUUCGGCUUCAGCCUCAGCCUCCCACAAAAAGCCACGAGGGGGCUUUUUUUUAUUCUUCCCUCCUUUCUCCCCCCACCUUCUAGAACAAUGUCCGACGAAGACGCCGAUGUCCUCGGCCCAGACGGCCAGCCCCCAGCUCGAGUCGACCGCGAUCGAAGAGCUCCGCGCUUCAGCUGGACUCCCGCAUACGAAGCGACCUUCUUCCGAAGUCUCUGCGAGAGCGUCCAGCUUGGUCUCCGUGAGAACUCCUCCUUUAAAGCAGAGGCCUGGGAGCGCGCUGCUCUGGCUCUGCAGGAGAGCCAUGGCGCCUACCCAGCGAAAAGCCACCUGAUCAACAAGAGUGACAACGCGAGAAAACGAUUCCGGUUAUGGAGAGGUCUUCGUGAGGACCCCGAGUUUGUUUACAAUCCGGUUGCGAGAACGGUUACUGCUACGGAGGAGGCGUGGACCGCCCAUAUCGAGAGGGAACCGCUGUCUAGGGCGUUGCGCGGCCGACCCUUUGAUCAUGAAGACUUUAUGGAAGUCCUUUAUCCAGACGUCAUCGGCUCGGGCGGCGCUCCCAAACGUAUAAUGAAACCACGGAGACGAACAGAUGGCCCCAUGACCGAUGACCCCGAUAUGCCGGGCACCGGUAUACUCAAUUUGACAAGCGAUCCUCCACCUCGACCUCCUGGCCUCGAGAGCCCGAACUCGCGACCCAUGUUGACUCAAACUCCCACUACAUCCUCCACUGGGUCGGCGACCCAGCCGCGACCGACGUCUACUACAAUUCCUCCACGCGGACCGCCGACUGUAGCAAAUGCUAAUGCUCUAACCCCGCCCGACGAGACUAUUACACAGAGCCGCAAGCGACAGUUGCCCACUUCAAGCACCCCGAACAUGUUCGAAUCGACGCCACCUGCUACUACUAUUCCUAUGGGUCAGUCGGCCCCCGAAUCUCCUGGUAAGCGUCGCCGUACUUCGUCCAACGAUGGUUCUCGUGCUCUUUCAACGUCUGUUCUCAACUCCUCCAUGCUGCCAUUGGCUGUGCGUGAUGGUCCGAGUGCUGGGUCUCCUUCCCAGGCGGAUAGCCAGAAUACCAACGGGACCAACGGGCCUGUUAUGGAGGAGAUUGUCGAGGCUGUACGAUCUCGAAAUACUCUGCGCUGGCAAGAGGAAGCGCUGGACAUAUUUUUCCGUGACUUUGCAGAUGAGGAUCUUGAUCUGCAGGUCAAGAUCUCUGAGGGCGUACUCAUCAAUGAGUGCAAAGCUAUGGUGUUUUGCAAGAUGCCCAGCCGCGUGCGACAGCACUGGGUAAAGCGUUUCAAAGAAACUCCUCUCCGGCAGUAGUAUGUCGAGCCUUGCAACUUGUUUCUCAGGCAUCUAUAGACCGAUACCUGUGAAAGCAUCAAGGACGGGGGUGAUGGAUCAUUGACCUCGAGGCAUCAACACCAAACACAACAAUCUAAGGAAACAAAAGACACAUAUCCACAGCAAUCAGGGCAGGAGUGAUAAAAGAAAUCCGAGAGAGUAUGGUCUGGCGCUUAUUGGGUCGUGUUGAAGAUACCAAGGGUUACGGAUAUGAAAGCGACAUGGCGUUCUAUUUGGGCAAAAACAUCUAUCUGUUUUCUUGCUUUUUGUUUCUGCUUUUUCAUGUUUGAGGAGUUGCAUUUAGCGGGACAUUUAGGAACGGGUGAUAGUUAUGUGAAAGGACGGGAUUGUUAGGGGUUAUGGAGCUGAUGGUGGGUUGAUGAAGCGUACUUUGUCAUGUCUUUUUUUUUGUUGAUACCUAAUAUAUAUAAUUCUCACCUCUUGCUACUCUA